AGUCUUCGAAGCAUUCUAUGGAGCAAAUAGAUGAGGAGGAUCAGGAUUGGAUAAACUUCGAAAUCUGCGACGAAGAGGACGUUAGCAUUGAUGAGGAGCAAUUAAUGAAGGAUGCACAUUGGAAUUCAAAUUCAAAUUUCAAAAACACAGAGGAAGAAAGGGAGAGUCGGCAUAUAGAAGAAGGAAAUGAUGGUAGAGAGGAUGUGGUUAGUGGGCCGACCAAAGACAUUGGGUCGAAGAUAACAAAAGAAAUUAGGCUGGGAGAAAUUGGACUGAAAGAUGUAAAUGGCAUGGGAAGGGACCUUAGUCGCGGACAGAUGAUGAGAAUUAAAAAGAAAGGGCCCGAUGAGAAAAAUGAUGACAGGAUUUUACCAAAACCAGAUCUGGAUCUGACGAUAUUAGGGAGCAAACGAAGAAGAAAGCUGGAGGAAUGUUACCCAGAGAGCUUAGCGAAAAGCUGGGCAAAGAAGAUGCAGGAGACAAAUGCAAGAGCAAACCAACGACACAAAGGGAGAGCAGAAUCUUCAACGGGGUUAGCGAACAAGGUAAAUAUGGUCGGUAGUUGUUCAAUUUCUGAUGGAUGCAUUGCAAAUAGAAACAAGGAGCUUAGAAGAGAGAUGAUCUUACAUGAGGUGAGGAAGAUGAUGAGCGUAUGGAAGAGAUUGGGUUUUCAAACCCAAGAAAAUGAAGGGGAAUCCAGUCUCGGGGAGUGGGGAAUACAUAAGGUGAAGUGUAACCUAGUGAAUGUGUAUGGUCCAAAUGAUAGACAGAAACGACUCAAGCUAUGGGAUGAGCUAAGGAAUAUGAUCACAGAAGAGGGAGGACGAUGGUUGAUUGCGGGAGACUUUAAUGCUGUAAGAUGUCUUGAGGAAAAAAGGGGAAGAACAGGGGAGAGCCCAGAUAUGAGGGAGUUUGAUGCGUUUAUUCUAUCAACAGGCUUAAUAGAUAUCAAAAAUGAGAUGUGCAGAAUGGGUAGAGAUUGGGUGCAACAGGGCUUGAAACGGAACAUCUCGGAUCAUUGUGCAAUUGUUGUUAAACAGAUUGAGCAGGUUGAUAUGAAGAAUGAGGAGCUUGAUCUGGAUGAAUUUGAGAUUCUGCAGAGACAAGAAGGAUUUCAGAAAAUGUGGGAAAUAAUGAGGAAGAGAGAAGUGAUAUGGAAACAGAAGUCAAGAAGCAAUUGGGUACGUGUGGGAGAUGCAAACACGCGAUUCUUUCAUAGAGUUGCAAAUGGUAGAAAGGCCCAAAAUCAUAUCACAGGCUUAAUGUGUGAUGGAAGCUGGGUGGAAGAACCAACACAGAGGAAAAUCAAUGGCUUGAAUGACCAUUCUCCACCGAAGAAAUUGAGGAAGCGUUACGAAGUUGUGAAGGCUCAAAAGCUUUGGGCCCAGACGAACUUACGUAGGAAAAAUUGGGCUCUUUUAGGAAAGUGGUGGUUUAGGUUUGGGGAUGGUGUAGAGAGCUUAUGGAAACGGAUAGUUAAGGAGAAAUAUUAUGGGGGCAAGUGGGAGGAGGUGGACAUUACAGCAAUCGGGAACCGGAGGACGUCUAAAAUAUGGAGGGAUAUUAUUAAUAUAGGGGGGAGAUCCAUGAAACUAAGAAAUAUGUUGGUGGAGGGGUUUAAGUGGGAAGUAGGGGAAGGGAAUCGAGUGAGCUUUUGGAGUGAACCAUGGGUAGGGAAUAAAACUUUAAGGGUUGCAUAUCCAAGAUUGUAUGAAUUGUCUAUGAACAAGGAGUGUAAGAUUAGUGAUAUGGGGGUAUGGGAGGGAGACAAAUGGUGUUGGAAAAUGGAAUGGAGGAGAGAGAGAAUAAGGAGAGAAAAGGAUGAGGAGGAGAAGUUAAGGGAAGGAUUGGAGAGGCUACAAUUAAAGAAGAGCGUGGAAGAUUGUUGGAGGUGGAUACAUGAUUCGGAGGGUAGAUACGGGGUGAAGAAUGCUUUCGAUUUUUUAGCCCCAACAGAGUGUGUUCUAGACGAGCAGUGGAAGGUGCUGCAGUGGUGGGGCAUGGUGACUGUUAUGCCUAAUAACGUGCUAAGUGUGGCAGACACUUUUGUAAAUGAUUUGGGUAAGAUAAUAGGGAAGGAGAUGGGUGCUUGUAUCUUCCUUGUGGCUUCAUGGUAUUUAUGGUAUUGGAGAAAUGGUGAGGUGUUUAACAAUGGAAAUAACAUUAGAGGAAGAUUAAUGGAUAUGGUCCAAGCCAAAUCAUUUUUCUGGAUUAAGAACAAGAUUCAUGGGUGUGUCUUUUCAUUCCAUGAAUGGAAGCUAAAACCAGUUGAAUGUGCUCUAUCAGUGAGAAAAUAUAAACAAAUGCAGAAAUUGUUCCAUAAACAGCAGAAAGGAAUGGGUACAGCUUAAAGUCUAGAGAGGUACGUGGCUUUUAUCCUCAUUGAGAGGCAACAAUAAGAAUAGCUGUCAUAUGCAUGAUGAAGUCGUUACCCUGAAUAUGUGUAGGGAUUUUUGAGAUGCUAAUUGCUCUACAGCUUGUUGUGGAUGCUUUUAUUUUUGUCAUUCUACCAUGCUAGCAGAUGUUUCUUAUUUGUAAUGGGUAGGAGUACCCCUUGUGCUCCAAUAUUAAUAAAUUCAUUUUCCUGAU